AUGGAAGAUUUGAAUUUGUUGGCUGCCGACGGGAUUGUCAUUUGUUUUUGUUGUCCUUGUUUGAUUUUACAGUUUAUCGUUUUCGUCUUGCUUAGACUACCUAAGAAACUGGUUAAGAAGUCUAAAAGGCUUGUUCGUAAGAGAUUACGCAAGAAAAAAAAUAAGAAGAAGAAUGAGAAGAAGAUUAUGGUGAUUGAAAACGAUCGAUUUUCCGAUGAAAAGGAUAGAAUUCCCAGAAUUGCUUCAAACAGUUACAAUGACUGUGGAUGGGUUAUGCAGGAAGUUGAGAAGGCUUUAACUGAAUUCUCUCAGCAAGGAGAGUUUGCAUUUGGAAGCUUUUGGGGUCGAAGAGACGACUCAAGAAGAUUGCAACCAGAUUUGGAAAGAAUGGAAUUUGCAGAGGUUGUGCAGUAUUGCAAUUUGAGAGAGAGAAUGGUUGUUGCAGAGGAGCUGGAGGCACUUGUGGAACUGCAGAGUGGUUGAGGUACUGUGUUAAUUGAAUGAGUGCAGUUUAUAGUGAAUUGGUGGGUAAGUUUGAUGGCUGAAGGGAUGAGCAGGUGGAGUUGUUGAUGCAGUGCUGCAGGAGUUGCUGCUGUGUGCAUCACUGAUUUCAGCUAAAAUUGCAGGUAUAUUGCAGCUGCAGGAAUUGAUAUUAAAAGGCUGGUUGAUGUUGGAGUUGUGCUGCAGAGAAGUCACAACUGGUGGUAAAUGGGUUUGUGUGUUGCGUCAGAGAAUGUCAGAUCUAAGAAAAUGGAACAAGCAAGAAUUGGCUUUUGUUGUUACAGGAAAGUCUGUGGAGAAUAGUUGUCUUGUGUUAUUGAAUUGAGUAGGAAGACAGAGAUUAUCGUGCUGGGAUGGUCGAAAGAACUGAAGCAGUUGAAGUGCUGCAAUGUACAAGUAGUAGCAGGUGGUGUUGCUAGGUGUAGCUGGGAGAACAAAUGGUGCUAUGAGUCUGAGAUGGAAUUGCAGGGAGCAGGUGUUAGCAGUGAUGUUGCUAGGUGUAGCUGGGAGAACAAAUGGUGAAGAGAUUAAUGUGUAUUUUAUAGGUUCGAAUGAUUGGAAAUGGGAGGUAUUGGUGGAAUUGAAUCAUAUUGCAGGGAAAGAGAUAUAAUAUGGUCUUAGAAAUCAAGAGGGAGUUUAUCUCUGAAGCAGCAGCAAAACGCACACGAGGUGCUUGUUAAAAUGCAUGAACCGCACAACUCUUGUUUCAGCCUAAACUGAGAUAGCUUUGCCGUCAAUUAGAUACUGCUUUUGAUGGA